CGUUCUUCCGCAGCGCUCCUCCGCUGUCAGAGCCUCGGGACCGCUCGAUGGCUGCAGUCGCCGCCUCAUCUAGCGGACGCUAGGAACUUCUGAGCUGACGGACAAGGCUAGGGCACGGCCGCCGGCAUGCUGCGCAGCGGCUCCCUGCUUGUCCUGGUGGCGGGCCUGGCGCUCGGCCUCGACCUUGACAACGUCCAGAGGUCAUCCCACUUCCCCGGCUCCACCGGCCCCUCUUCUCACCAGGGCCAGCAGCACCACUACGCGGCCUCCAAGCGCACCUCCGUUCCCCGGAGGGACCCCGAGGAACUCCACGGGCGGCCCCUGGUGGCUUCCGCCGGCAGCAGCCCAGAAGAGAGACUCUACUACCGGCUCCUCUCCAGUCGCAUGGCUCGGCUGCUCCCCGCGCUCUUGGGCGAACAACAGCAGCAGUACCCAGGAGAAGCUCCCCUGGUCGGGGCGUCCUCAUUCUUCGACGACGACAGCGACGACGAGCGGGACGACAGCCGCCAUGAUGCCAGCAACGGGGGCGUGGCAGAUGAGGACGCCGGAGAGGAGGAGCAGGGAGACGAGCAAGAGGCCGACCAAGUGAUGAUGUACCUGCCCAAGCGACGCGUUGUCCACUCCACGGCUGGGAGCAUGAGGAGGAGGCUGCAGCAGCCAAUGUUCGCUGAGAUGGACCCGUCGGGACCCGUGUACGGCGUCCGCAGGCGCGCCCCGCCCUUCAAGCGCCGGCUGCACGUCCAGGUGGCGAGGCGAGAAGAAAAGCGCAAGCGCUCCACGCGGCGCCAGCAGAAAGACGCGGCGUCUCCCUUUCGGCGGAAGACGCUCAAGAAGGCGUUCGGCAAGAAGCAGACCGCAGCCUCGUCGCUGAAGGAGCACAGCCCGUCUUCCACGCCUGCCUUCCGGUUGGGACACCAGGGCUCGGGAAAGAGCUCCGCGGGGCCCACAGCAAUGGGCAAUGCCACUCUUCACAAAGGGGACGCCAAGGCCGACAGCAAAACUACACCAGGAGCAACGAGUAGCGGUGGAAGCAAGAAGCAGUACCACAUUAUGAAGCGCAGCAGCUUCAGUACGGACGACAAGAUCACUGGAGAGCUGCGGAACAUCUUCGGGGACGACGAAGACGAUCAGAAGAAACGGGACAAAAAGACGUUGAAGAAGAGAGAGAACACAGUGGGUGCACUAAAAGGUUCGUCGCGAGUUGACGACGCAUCCGACGUUGUGCCUGUUGGCAGCGAAGGCGCAGCAUCCCCGUCCAAGGGCGGCACUGGGACUGCUACCGACGAGGAUAAGUUCAAGAAGUGGCUCCUUGAUGAGUACUACCGCACAAUGGCGCUGUCAUUCGCCAGCAUGCGUCGCAAGCGCAUGGCCACACACCAAGACACUCUGGACCUCCGCCAGGUCAAGAGGACCACGCUGCCGCCCUCUGUCCCUGGCACCGCUGACGACCAGUUUCAGGCGGUCGAAGACAAACUCCGCACCAUCGAGGACGCCAUGAUUGGCGAAGCCGUGGCGCUCGUCCGAGACGGCGCCGGUGACGAAGCCGAGCUGCGGGCCAUAAACGCUGGCGUGGCGUCGCGACUCGACGCCGCCUACGACCUGGAGAGCGUGCGCCAGUCGCUGGACCACCUUCAAUCGACGCUCGAGGACCUGCGUCGCCAGGAGCUUCAGGCAGUCCUGGCGGAGGACGGCGCCGAGGAAGAGGAGAGCAACUCGGCGGCGUCCAAUGGUGCCGCCGCCUCCGGCCAGAAUGACGUCGCCGACGGUGACGAGUUGACGCAAAGCUCUUCGUGGGCCCAGCUUACCGACAAGCAGAACUGCCCCGCAGUACAGGUGCUCAGCAGUUCGUGUCCAGCGGCGGCGCAGUCUGCCACCCCGGUUCCAGCAAUGCGGAGACUUCUUCUGGAUGCCUGCCAGUGGCAACAGACGUGCUAUAUUUGCGGUUCUUACUAUGGCCUCGGAGCCGAAGACUGCGAUGGUGGCGCCGGCAACCGCGGUGGUUCUUCUCAGUUCACACGUUUGCUGGUCAGCCAACUCCUGUUGCGUCAGGCCAAGGGCGGCCAGACGCAGGCCGCAUGCGCGGAGUCCUGCGUCGCAGACUUCCUGCUGAGUCACUGAGCAGCACAGAAGCGAGCGGCCGACGGCAUCCACGGCUUCGCACUGGGGAGACCAGCAAAGAUUGUGGAGGAGGUUGCGCCACACAUCGCUAAAGAAGAAAAAAAAAGUACGACAGGGAAAUGACUUCCAAUGGCGUAUAAUUCGCGUAUUUAUUUUAUUAACAUUUUACCCAGCGCGUGCCUCUCAGGUCUGUAGUCAGUAAGUCCUGCUAGGUUCAAUAUUUAAUUGCCUUCGGUUUUCUGUGUUCACGUGUAGCUCUUCGGGUAUGUGUAAAAUGUGCAGUGUCGGUAAGAAAGGCAUUUUCGAUGUUUUUAGGACCAGCUGAUAUAUUCAUUCAGAAACGUUCGGGGGUACGGAAUGUACGCGCAUGCUUUGCCGUUGAGCCGUGGUUGCCAAGUUGCCUUUUCGGCAAUGACCACUCGAAGGAGACGCUUAUCCAGCCAAGGAUAUUUAUAUAUGAACAUUUGAAAAAAACCUGCUGUAUGGAGUGAUUGAUUUUUUUAGUAUUGUCUUAGCGUGCAUAAAAAUUUACUCCAAUGCGAAGCUUUAUUUUAUUCGUCUGUGUAUAUUGGAGAAAAGCAAUGUUUGCGGCUCUAUUGCUUUGUUUCACGUGUCGUGAAGAACAACUGUCGAUUGUAAAAUUACACACUUGUACACUUAAGCGUCAUAGCGCGCCUUUAUUUGUAUGUUAUAAAGGGGUUUUGCGUAUUUCGGAGCUUACGCUGUUUUUUACGGGAAAAGCUUUGAGUAUGUUCUUGAGAAGCGCCCGCCACAGCUUUUGGUUUGCGACCGGUAAUACGACGCAUGCGACCAGAGUUUAUGGUGCCUGCUAUUCCGGUUGUAUCGACCUGUCUGAAAUAUGAGGGUUGCAUGAUGCAAUUUAGGAGUUAAAAUAGUAGCUCUUCUUCGAAUGGUGCUGCGAGGAGAGUCGGCUUCUAGCUGGGUAAAUAUUCAGUAGGGGAGGAGCUCUGGCCUGUUGCCCACGCAUCUGGUCGUUACAUGGGCUCGAAGUAAGAAAAAUUCAAGAAUAUUUCACACGUAUUUACAAAGAUAUCAAAUUGAAGUGUUGAGAGAAAGCACUUAUUCUCAUCAAUAUAUUUACAUGAUUCUUGCUGUUGUGUAUUCCUCAUUUCUACCCGCACUGUGCACAUGUUUCUCCAUUCAUAUCGUGUUGAAGACCACUGGAAUUGUUUUCUGGAGCCAGGAAAAAUUAUAAUGUUGAUAGUGGGCCGAUUACACGGUUUCAUAUAUCAGAACGAAAGGUCGAAGUUGUAGUUGGCUGGAGUAAAAUACGUGGUGCGAUAAAGAAAGCUUUUCAUGCAACUUGCUGAAAAAAGAUCUUUCAGCUGUUAAAGAGUUAAUCUCUGUCGAACGUUUGGCUUUUUAUUUCAGCGGUGUACCAAAUUAAAAGCGGUCCCUGCGUUAGAUGUGCCCCUAAGUAUUGCGCACGCGAUCCUCCUUUACUAAGUACUUCCUUUGAGAGAUUUAAAGCGUCCCAUUUUCAAGACACCGAGAGGCCGAUCUUCGGGACUUGAGCCACCUUGCGUCCGCAAAGUCACAAAAUACAAAGGCAAUAGAUGCACUUGAGUUUGCCUGACCGCAGUAGGCGUAUGUGCCGGAAAGGAGGUGUGGAUGCUCCCGUAGAAGGCAUAAAACGUGUUACUGAAGUGUCUCGUCUGAUUACGGUAUGUGCACUUGUGGUUUGUAAUGUCUGCACAUUUCGCGUACUGUUGCUAAUAACACAGCGUUCGCGCCGCGGUACGUUUAUGAGGCCGGCUGGAUCUCGAUCGCUGUGGCCGCUGCAUGCUUUGACCUGAUUCCAAUGACCUCACCUGGGCGUGAUCUUUCGUCGUUUGUGCCUGUUGUCCGUAAGAUAUCGCGAAGACGGUUUCAGCAUAUAUACAUAUAGCAUUGACGUGCCAUUUCUGUCCGAAUAAAACACUGCGACUGUGUUCAAAUCAUGUGAUACCAAAUAAGGAAUAAAAUAUAUACUGUUGAA